AUGCAUAUCAAAAGCUGCUCUACAUAUCAACAACACCUUCUGAGGCCCCACCGACAAUAUACUAUAUGUCAAACACACUUGAGGCAAAGCUCCUUACAGCACUGUCUCCUGUCUAAGGGGCACAAGUCUGUUGCUUUUCAAAACCCCCCCCCCCCAGAGAGGAUCGUUUUUUCUGGAAUACAGCCUACAGGGAUUCCUCAUUUGGGGAACUACCUUGGGGCCCUGCGAGAAUGGGUUCGACUCCAGGAUCAAUCCGAUGAAGGGACGAGACUUUUUUUCUCCGUCGUUGAUCUCCAUGCCUUGACACUGCCGCAAAAACCUUCGAGCCUUAAGACAUGGAGAAAACAGGCAUUUGCAGCAUUGCUUGCAGUGGGCUUGGACCCUCGCCGUUCUACUAUAUUUUUCCAAUCUGCUGUCCCAGCACACACCGAGUUGAACUGGAUCUUGAGUACAGUUGCUUCCACGGGUUACCUAUCACGAAUGACCCAAUGGAAGAGCAAGCUUGAAUUGCCUGCAGACGCGGAUUUAGAAAACCCCGACGCGCGUUCAAGACUGAGACUGGGGCUCUUCUCAUAUCCUGUUCUCCAAGCCGCAGACAUUCUUGUUCAUAGGGCCACCCAUGUUCCCGUCGGAGACGACCAGAGACAACACCUUGAGUUUACUAGAUACACUGCAAAUAGCUUCAACCAUAUGUAUGGGUACACAUUCCCGUCUCCAGAAGCUCUGAUAUCCCCUGCAAAGCGGAUCAUGUCACUCAAAGAUCCUGCAUUGAAAAUGUCGAAAUCCCACAUAGAUGAGAAAUCGAGAAUUCUGCUCACAGACUCAUAUGAAGCAAUUCACAAGAAGAUCAAAGCAGCUAGGACAGACUCAAAUCCGAUAAUCACUUAUGAUCCUAUCAAACGGCCGGGUGUAUCGAAUCUUUUGGAGAUUCUGAGCCAUCUUGACGGAAGACCAUGUUCAGAAAUCGUUACAGACCACGGAUUUAUCAGUCUACUAGCAUUGAAGGAACACGUUGCGGAUCGGGUUUCCCAUCAUCUGGCGCCUAUUAGAGAAACCUUGAUUGGUCUGCUUGAAGGUCCAAGUGAUCAUCUUGAUACAAUUGCUAGAGAAGGUGCUGAAGCGGCCCGCCUCAAUGCUGAAAUCACAAUGGCAAACACAAGGCGAAACUUAGGCCUGUAA